AUGUUGGCUUCGAGGGCGCUCCUGCUGCUCCUCUAUCUCUUCAGUUUCUGCUCCAACCCAGUUACUGCAGUUGUUGUCCCGCAGAGCGUCACCGUGCAACGCACCACAUCCGAACUCUUCCAGAUAGGCGACUCAACCACUGGCGGUGCAUGCAGCUCAGACCAGAUAGAUACCAUCGACGGUUGGCUCAAAGAGUGUGUCGAGAUUCUAAACGCAGCCCUCACGGCGUACCACAGCUAUUCCACCAGCUAUACAUACCGCACUAUGUUCAGCCUCUGGCUCUCCAUGAGUUGGGACGACAACGAGAUAGCGGACUUCUUCGAGGCCUACUGGGAGCUGAUCGGAACACGGUUAGCAGGAGUCGCGACCUUUCUCAGUGGCGGCGGCAUAACGGGUGGAUCGGGCGAUUUGCCGUACCUGUUUUGCAGCGACAGCUUCGCCCAAAAGCAAGAGUGGGAGUACACAGCCAUCGACGGCACCGGCGCUGAAAUGGUCAAGGAGCGCGAUGACAACGGAGAGCCAACUUCCUACUACACUAUUCAAGAAGUCUAUCCGAACCUGAAGCAGAUGCAGCUGGAGGGAGAGUAUGAUCCAGACCCGACAAAUACAAACAAGAACAUUGCGCCCUUCCUGGUUAGCCGGCUUAACGGUUAUGUCUUCGAUGCUUCCGGGAAGGACGAGUUAUGUGCCAAGCCGAAACGUGUCGCGGCCACCAGCCGAUCAGAUACGAACGCGGGCAGCGAGGCUGGCAGUCCCGAGGGCUUCACCUAUGCCACGUUCAACCGCCAUGUAUACUUCUGCGAUACUGCCUUCGUGGCCAACCCAGGUGCUCCGCAUGGAUAUGAAAACCUCGCAGACGUCGUCAGCUCCAGCAACUAUCCUACCGCGGGGGCAAAGACGGACCCUUCGGCGUUCACGUCUCUCAGCGCUACCUUAUACCAUGAGCUCUUCCACCUUACCGACUCUGACGGCACCGAUAGCGAUGGGCCGGGUCUAGGCUAUUACCUCGCAUCGGACAUUAUGGGAAUCAGUUGGGAUUCUCGUUUGAAGGCGCUGCUUAACGCUCCAGAGCCCUAUGUCUUCUUCUCCAUGGGUGCGUAUAUUCUCCAGAAUAGUCCAUCCACAGCAACGCCUCCUGUAUUUUUCGGGCCACCUGGUUGGAUACUGGCGUGAUCCAAAUGUCGCCAUGUGAUAU